AUGAACUGUUCUAUAUGCUCACGUGCUCCUCACUCCCACCUUCCCUUCCACUGCCUGACAUGUGCUCGCAACCAGCUGUAUCGACUGCGCAUCGACGGCACCCGGGUGCUAUUGGAGAAAGAAGCUUUGGGGAAGGAAAUUGAAACUGCUCUUGCAUGUGGUGGUACCCGAGAUCAGGCCUCAACACAGCAAAAUUCACUUAAUGUGGACAAGGGUUCACCCCGCUGGGCUCUCCAGACGAUAAGCAGCCAACAUGCCGAAUGUUUGACGAGGAGGGAAUCACUAUCGUAUAGGCUUGAAGCUUUGAAAUCGGAGGUUGAAGCUAAAAAAUCCGAGAUCACCCAACGGAAAGAAGUCCUAGCACGCAGACGCUCCGAUGCGGAAUCUGCCAAGUAUCAACUGGAAGAGCGGGAUGCUGGAACUCUGGCGAGUGUCCAGAAUACCAGCAAACGGGUGGAGCACGUGUGGCAUAAUCUACACAAUAAGACGGCCGAGUCAAGGAUUUAUCUCUGUCGGGAAGUCGCCAAUCUCUAUGGCUUGCGGAAGGCUACCAAGAAAGGCCAAGAUCGGGAGAUCUAUGUGCUUGGUGGUGGCUUCGUCGUAGAUUUAAGAGAGAUGAAUGGCAUCCCUCAAGAGCAAAUAUCUACGUCUCUCUCGAACAUUGCUCACCUUCUUAUCAUCAUUUCACACUAUCUCUCCUUGAGACUACCUGCCGAAAUCACCUUGCCACAUAAGAAUUACCCAGUUCCCACAAUCUACACUCCUUCGGUGUCAUAUCGCUUCCGUGACGCCCAUGACAGGUUUGAUUACCAGUCCUCAUCUAGCCCAGCGGCAUCAAGGACGGUGGAUCCACGCAGUCACACACCGCGUCCGCGUCCCCUAUUCAUCGGGAAGUCUUUACCUAAGUUGGCCAAGGAAGACCCGACAACAUACGCCCUCUUCCUUGAAGGCGCGACCCUCCUGGCAUGGAAUGUUGCAUGGCUAUGUCGCACUCAAGGAAUCAAUAUAUCUUCUGACUCCUGGGAAGAAGUUUGCGAUAUCGGCAAGAACCUGUGGCAAUUAUUGGUUGCGCCGCCCGCCCAUCCUUCAACGUUGAUGCGAGCCUUUGCUGGCCGAGACACGCAAACACAGAUGAAAGCUGGCAAAGACUCGCCCAGGACGACCAUCCAGCGGACAACAUCAUUUGCCAUGCUAGGUCAUUAUUCUCACGGCACAGCACAUUCUUUCUUAGGUGCAUAUGAGGGAGUGGACUUCAUGCGGAUGUGGAAACUUCCAACGCCAACUAAGAUAGCAGACAAAUUGAAGUCCAAUCUUCUCGGGGAAAUGGCAAGUGCGGAAUGGGAACUGCUCGAAGAGAAAGAAUGGGGUGAUGCGGUUGCGGAAUCCAAUCGAUCGCCUGUAACGCACAGCCCCAAGUCCGCUGCCUCAAAUAUCCAAUCUGGAUCGAAGGCAGAUACAGCAUACAACAAAUCUACAAGUUCAAGAUCAAGGUCCAGGUUUAAAUUGGAUCCAGAUAAUGAGGGUUCAAGUUCUCCACGACCACAAGGCACUAAAGGUACCAAAGGUUGGACUAAGGUGGGCAGCAGAUAG